AUGCUAAGGCUAUUUCAAAGAAGUGUGCUGCCAACAUCACUACUCAAACCAUCUAUUGUUGCUGCUACAGCCUCAACACUUGUGGUCCCCUCCAGGUUUAACUCCACAAACAAAGACGCCUCCUCUGCCACAAAAUAUGCCAAUCCUGCCAAAUCCGACAUAAAUAUUGAUGAUUUGUUGAAAAGCUCUAUCCCUGAUUUAUCAUUCAGUGAAUCCAUGAAUGAAAGGUUUGGCUUUGAAGCUAAUAGACAACCAACCCCGCGUGAAGUCGCAAAGGGUAUAAGGGAAUUUGGAACCAAUGCAGGAAGAACAGUUGACGUCAAUUAUAAUAACUUGGCCAGAGCAUUUACUCAGAUAAAGAGGGUGGGUAAUGAAAACAAGAUUAGAUACUUGCAAAAGAUCCAGUCAAGGUAUAUUCGUCCCGCCAAAUACAGAAAGCAAUUAAAGAGGGAAUGGUGGAGAAGGAAGUUUUCAGGAGGAUUCAAAGACUUGUUGGCACAGGUUAACGAUGCUAGAAGAAGAGGCUACUAA